CGAGUUUUAAAUUCCGAUCAAGUUUAGCGGGUAUGAGUCAUCGUUGUUGUCUUUCCUCAAACUAAGGAGGAUGCUUCAGUUUCAGUUUUCCGUUCAGAUUGCACUGAAUAACUGAGCGAGCUUACAGUUGAACAUGAAGAUUACUUUACUAUUCUGAAUCCUUGCCAAUGGUUUGUAAUCCUACAGCUGAUCUCUCAUAUAUAUAUGACUCAUUUCCCCUUCCUGAGCUUCAAAUAGAAUUUACAGAACAUCUCUUUAUACUUAAACCGUCUGUUUUCCCGCCAUAGUACAAACAUGAGGCGCAAGAGUCCAAUCAUCCAUCGUAAAAGUGGGGCGAUGAGCAAUGAAAACAACACCCCAAAGCAUUCGACUCCACAAUCUUCCAACACACUUCAGGUUUUAUCCCCACAUUAUGGAACUUCUGGAGCUAACACUCCUUCAGGAUCUGUGUAUUUGACAUACUGGCCUUCUACUUUUGACGACCAGGGUACCGCAAAUGAAGCCACAGAUCUGGAAGUACCUGUGGGACGUCCAAGUAUUGGUGCUCAUGAAUCUUCUACUAGUCAAUCAUUACUACAAGAUGGUAAUGAAGGUGGUUCUACACCUGAUUUCCAGCGAACACGAGCUGCAAUCGAACACACAUACCAAAAGAUUGCCCGAACCAAAGAACUGAUAAAGGAAGGUCAAACUGCUAGAGAUGAAAAUGUGAAUGAAUACUUAAAGUUGGCAUCAAGUGCUGAUAAGCAACAAUUACAAAGAAUUAAAAGUGUUUUUGAGAAAAAGAAUUUAAAAGCUGCUCAAUCUAUAGCACAACUCCAGAAGAAAUUAGAAACUUAUAAUAAAAGAAUCCGUGAUUUGGAAACCCAUGGAUUAAGUAGCAGCCAUUGGCAACCAAGAGAAGUUUUGCGAGAUGUUGGCCAGGGCUUGAAGGAUGUUGGUGUCAAUAUAAAAGAAGGGAUCACUGGUUUUUCUGGAGGAGUUGUUGGUAAUAUCAAAGGUGGACUUUCAGGUUUAACUCAAGCUACCCACAGUGCUGCUGAGACAGUUAUGUCUAAACCUAGAGAAUUUGCACAUCUAAUUAAAAAUCGAUUUGGAAGUGCUGAUAAUAUUAGUUCAUUAGAAAAACUUCCUCAAGAAGGCGCAGACUCACAGCAACGAAACAUUCAUGGCAGCGCCACAUUCACACAUAGCGGGGCCAAGUAUGCUUCUGAUGAUGAAAGCUCUAGCUUCACAUCUGGUUCUGGUCACAUGGUAACCGGAAGUAUUCCAAGUCCACGUCACCAACCAGGUCUCCAUAGGUCACCUCCUGAACAUUCCUCCACACCUACUGUCACACCACUUGUUGCAGAUUUAGAACCUAUUUUACAAGAAUUGAGGGAAAGGCGUGAAGAAUAUCACCACUUAGUCGAGGAAAUUGAAGCCCUCAAGUCUCAAGUUCAACAAGAGUAUUCUUACUUCAAUCAAUCACUGCUUGAAGAACGAUAUAGAUAUGAGAGGCUAGAAGAACAAAUGAAUGACUUGAUUGAACUUCAUCAGAAUGAAAUAGAAAACCUGAAACAAGGCAUAGCAGACAUGGAAGAAAAAGUGCAAUAUCAAAGUGAAGAAAGGCUAAGAGAUGUUAGUGAAAUAUUGGAAAAUUGUCAAGCAAGGGUAUCACGCAUGGAACAUCAGCAGCAUCAGCAUUUUCAACAGCUGGUGUCUCUUGACUCCUUAGAUGGGACAAAUGCUCGUGCUCUUGCUCUUAAACUCAUUAAUGUUGUUCUAACAGUCCUUCAAGUCAUUCUUCUUCUAGUUGCUACAGUUGCUAGCAUACUUAUGCCAUUCAUCCAAACAAGAUUGCGUAUCUUAACAACUGCAGGUUUCAUUAUGUCCAUUGUAAUGUUGUGUAAGCAGUGGCCAGAAUUACUAGACUGGGGGAGGCAUUUAGUCGCACAACAUAUACAAACUUAGUAAAUAAGGAAGCCAUCCAUUUAAUGUAUGUUAUUUUUUUGAAAAAUCGACAUAUCGGCAGUUGACUGCCUUUCACAACAUACUUCCAACAGCUUUGUUAUUUUGAAAUAGCUGCUUUAAGGAUGUGAACCUGUUGGUGGACUUUUAUCUUUGUAAACAAUAUGCUGAGAGAUGCUGUGAUAUAUAAUAAAUAAAACAAUUGUAUAAAAACUAGCCAUUCUGGGCAUUUAAUGAAAUCCUAUUGUUUUUAUAGGUAUGCCAUGAAAAUGUGGGUAGAUAUUUUAGUGUAUGUAUAUUUGUGCCUACUUGAUGCAUUCAGAUAAUUAUUCAUAUAAAAAUCGCUUGUGAAAGCGAUUGUCCAUGCUUUUAUCAAUUAGUGAUAUUUUUCAUGGACAAAAGUUAUUGUGAUAUGUUAUUUGUUUCUGUAUCUAGUGACUAUAAUUUUUAAUUAUGAAUGUUUUAUCCUUGCUUUGAGGUGUUUUGUUCAGUAUUCAUAACUUUAUAUUGUAGUAU